GUGAAUCUCCCAAUGGCCAUGAAAUUCCGGCAAUUAAAACUAACCUCGAAAUACUCAGUGGGCGUUUAUAGAUCCCCUAUUCACGGAAGGGGUCUGUUUUGCCUUCGUGAUAUCGAAUCUGGAGAAAUGGUCAUCGAGUAUGCAGGGGAGGUUAUACGAUCCAUUUUGACCGAUAAAAGAGAAAAAUUGUACAACGCCAAAAACAUCGGUUGUUACAUGUUUCGGGUUGAUGAUAAUUUUGUUGUGGAUGCAACUAUGAAAGGAAAUGCCGCUAGGUUUAUUAACCAUUCUUGCGACCCCAACUGCUACUCAAAAGUAGUGGAAAUUUUAGGACAUAAACAUAUAAUAAUUUUCGCAUUAAGACGAAUUCCUAGUGGAGAGGAGUUGACCUAUGAUUAUAAAUUCCCUUUUGAAGAAGAUAAGAUUCCAUGUACAUGUGGAUAUAAAAAAUGUCGAAAGUUUUUGAACUGAUUCCCA